UUUCUCUCUUUCUCUCUUUCUCUCUUUCUCUCUUCUCUCUAGCUAGUUCUCUCUCUCUCUACAUACAGAUCGAUAAGCUCAAAUGGCGAUAAAGAAGACGAACAAAGCGGCGCUGUCUCAAGCAGCAACUCUAAAGCAAAUCUUGAAGAGGUGCUCAAGCCUAGGAAAGAAGAAUCAAGGUAAUUGCUACUUCAACGACGUGCCAAAAGGUCAUUUCCCGGUCUAUGUCGGUCAACACCGAAGUCGCUAUGUGGUCCCAAUCUCAUGGCUAGAUCAUCACGAGUUCCAGACACUCCUCCAACUAGCUGAGGAAGAGUUUGGGUUUGAGCACGAGAUGGGUAUCACUAUCCCUUGUGAUGAAGUCGUCUUUCGUUCUCUCAUCUCCAUGUUCAGAUAAAACUCGACAUCGAAAGAGACCAGAGGAGUCUCUGAUCAUCAUUAUAGCUCAAUUCGGUCACUCCCUCAAGAUUUUCUCUUUGAGGUUAUAAGGGUUUGAUCACACAUUGUCAUACUCUAGACCCUCGGAAGAUCGAAACUAUUGCCAAGAAAAUCAAGAAACAAAACAAAAGGAAUAUAUGAAAUAUAUAUCAUUUAGGGUUUUUUUUUAUAAUCUUUGCUUAGAAGACGGAAGCAAAUGGCGGGGAUCACGUUAAGCAUCGACUCAAGAUUUGUGGCUAUAUUAAAUAUAUAUCUAACAGUUUUUUUUUUUAAUUAACCACUUU